UGGUCUUGUGGUGGGCGUGAGUUGUUCUGUUUUACGUCUGUACCUGUCUAUGGCGUUCCUGAUUUGUCAUAUUUCUUACGGUUCCGCGUUCCCUUCCCCUACGCCGCCGGCUCCUGCUAUCUCUUGUACACAGUCGGACCCUUCCUCUCGGCCUUCUUAUGGCCAUGUCCCUUUCCCUACAGACCCACAUGAGGUUUGUUGUUGGGACCAAUUGUACUUUGUACCACUAAAUCUACAGCCAAACCAAAGGAAAGAGAAGGCUUCACCAGUAACAUAAACUCUAUAAGUUUCACAGAGAGGAGAGAUGGUCCUGAAGGGGUUAAUAUGGCCGGUAUAUGUUCCCGGAUGUGACCGGCUGGACUACACUUCCCGGCGUGCUGUGCGCUCACAGGAAGUGGAUGUGACGCUUCCGGCCAAUGAUCGUGCAGCUUGUUGCGGUGUUAGGAGCGGAGUGACAAUACAGCAAGAUGGUUCUGGAGAGCACUAUGGUCUGUGUGGAUAACAGUGAGUUUAUGAGGAAUGGCGACUUCCUUCCCACGCGGCUCCAGGCCCAGCAGGACGCGGUGAACAUCGUCUGUCAUUCCAAGACCCGCAGUAACCCCGAGAACAAUGUGGGGCUCAUCACUCUGGCCCAAGACUGCGAGGUCCUCACCACCCUCACCCCGGACACGGGCCGGAUCCUCUCUAAGCUUCACUCCGUACAGCCGGUUGGUAAGAUCAGCUUCUGUACCGGAAUCCGCAUCGCACACUUGGCUCUGAAGCAUCGUCAGGGGAAGAACCAUAAGAUGAGGAUCAUCGCCUUUGUGGGCAGCCCGGUGGAGGACAAUGAGAAAGACGUAAGUGACUAUCUCUGUGUGAAGAUGGCGAAGCGGCUAAAGAAGGAGAAGGUCAGCGUAGACAUCAUCAACUUUGGGGAGGAGGAAUCCAAUACAGAGAAGCUGACGGCGUUUAUAAACACACUGAAUGGGAAGGAUGGCACAGGGUCUCAUCUGGUCACUGUCCCCCCAGGGCCCAGCCUGGCAGACGCCCUUAUUAGCUCCCCCAUCCUGGCUGGAGAAGGAGGCGCCAUGCUUGGACUGGGCCCCAGUGACUUUGAGUUUGGUGUGGAUCCCAGUGCUGACCCGGAGUUGGCUCUGGCCCUGCGUGUGUCCAUGGAGGAACAGAGACAGCGGCAGGAAGAGGAGGCCAGGAGGGCCGCUGCUGCAUCUGCCGCUGAGGCCGGGAUUACCUCCACAGCUGGAGAUGAUUCAGAUGAGGCUCUGCUCAAGAUGACCAUCGGGCAGCAAGAAGGAGGCCGCAGCGGACUGCCAGACUUCAGCAGCAUGACGGAGGACGAGCAGAUCGCAUACGCCAUGCAGAUGUCCUUACAGGGGGCCG